GUAAUUUACAGAUAAAGACAAUCUGGAUCAAACAUCUUCUUGUUAAGAACUAUAUCUGAAAGUUAUGCAUUUCACACUGCUGAUACCUGAAAAUAACGUUCUCAUUGAGUUAAAUAUUCAAUUAAGUGUUGUGAAAAUAAGGAAAAAAAGCCUACCUACCGACCCACGUUUUUUUGAUCACAUUUCAGGCAAAAAGGAAAUGACAGAAUGGUUAAAGAGUGAAAUCCUGCCAUUAACUGCAGAUCCCACGGACAAAUUUUGUGAACUUGAAGAGAUAAGACAGCCUGAUCUUUAUGAAGAAGGAAAACAAUCACUGGAAGGCAAUACAGACAAAUCUGAAGUGCCUCUGAGGCGCUCCCCACGGAAAUCUGUGACAUCUGAUGUGACUCCUAAGAAAAGACAUCUGGAAAGGUCAGAGGGUUCACCAAUCGUGCCUCACUCAGCAAGGAAAGUUUUGAAGCUUGAAGAGACUCCAGGAAGCAGCCAGUAUUUAAGCAGUAGGGUUGGUUCAAACAGAAAAGAUGCAUCUGGAAAUAAAAUAAAACGACUGGAGGAAGAUGUUCGUAGCCUUCGAAGAAAAUUAAGGAAACUCGAGGAUAGGGUCUCAGAGUUGGAGAAAGAUAAAGCAUCUAACUCUAAGACAGAACAAGUGGUGGAAAAAGCGGACAGGACGGGGCAGUUGGCAAAGAAGAAAGAGGGACAGGAAAGUGUGUCAAAAAAGGAGGCUGAUUCCAUACUUGAAACUAAGCCGUGCCAGGCAAUCUGUGAACAAGAUGUUGAAGCCAUUGUAGGCAAGGCUAUUGAGGAUCAGAACAAAUUCAAAAAUUUAUGCCUAUAUAAGUUCACCCAGGAAGAACUGGUGUCUUGCACCCGUACAGGGAAGCGAACUAUCAAAUGUAUGGACAAUGUGAAACCCCAGUUAGAUCACACCAAAUUUAAGGAACUGGAAAUAUUAGUAUUAAAAUACACUUCAUAUGAUAAGCCAACUUUCCAAAAAAAAUUUGAAAACUUACAGAAAGUUCUUAGAAGGGAGAAAAAUGGAGCAGUCUGACUUGACC